GUUUUUGGGAAAACAAGUCUAUAAACAAACAAAGGNCUCGACAUCACUCUUCUAGUCAACAGUCGUGAGUGAAAUCAUCAGUAAAAAUGGCCACGACUUACACCCGAACGACAGUCACCCGAACGAACCGUUCAUACGAAGGCGGCUCGACAUCCACGUCGCCCAUGCCUUCAGACCACUUGACUCUACCGGGCUCUAAGGUUGAACUCCUCAGAACUCCUUCGCCUAAGGAUAAGAUCGAGGAACCAAAGGAUAUGAAAUACCACAGCCAUCACCUCGACUACAAAUACACACCACCGCCAGUGAAGGGACCCUGUAUUGCCUGUGGCAUGUAUAUCGUCGGAUCGUUGGUGACAGCAUGUGAUGAGAUGUGGCACCCGGAGUGCUUCACGUGUUGCAAUUGUGACACUAUUCUCAAGGCAUACAAUUACCAAGUUCAGGACAAUAAGCAAUACUGCAAACCCUGUCACGAGAAACUGUUUGGCCCGCCCUGUUCUGCCUGCCAUAAGCCCACUAAAAACAAUCGGCUGAUUGUGUUGAACCGCAUUUGGCACCCAAACUGUUUCUGUUGCGUUGAAUGCGGCAAAAUCUUGACGGUCGACAACUUUAUCGAGCGAUUGGGUUCACCCUAUUGUAAGGAAGACUAUCACCGGCUCUUCUCUCCCAAGUGUUGCGUCUGCACCGAACCCAUCAAAGAUUGCACUCAUUGUGGUUGUCCUCUCGAGGAGAGAAACUUCUACGAGAAGAAUGGAAAGCCUUAUUGUGAAAACGAUUACAUGAAUCUCUUUCAUCCCAAGUGUACGGGUUGUGGACUCCCUAUCCCUGAUGGCCGGCAAAUCACUGCAAUGGGAAAGCCAUGGCAUCCGGAGUGCUUUGUUUGCACCAUUUGUGUCAAACCAUUAACACCGGAGACAUUCAAAGAGCACGCGGGCAAACCCUAUUGCGAGGAAGACUACCACAAGCUAUUUUCGCCCAAAUGUGGAGGUUGUCAACAACCCAUCACUGAUAAAGACGAGAAGGUAAUGGUAAGGGGUAAGCCGUGGCACCCGGUGUGCAACGCUGCCAUUAAUGAGCCGGUAAUUAGAGUAACGCCAGCCGUUGAGCCACUCCUUCAAAAAGCAAUGCGACCGCCGGUCGAGACGGAAAUCGGCCGCAAAAGCUAUCCAUUAGACGAAUUAGAUUUAAUGCUUCCCUUAAUAGAGGACUUCGCUAACAAAUCAUAUCCAAACUGUAGUGGAUGUCAGACACCGAUUAGUGACGGCAAUAAGGUGACAGCGAUGGGUAAGCCCUGGCACCCCCAGUGCUUCACUUGCGACAAAUGUGUCCGGCCUUUGGAUCCCAACAAUUACUUUGAAAUGAAUGGUAAACCGUAUUGUGAAGACGAUUACCACAAACUGUUUUCCCCGAAAUGCGAGGGAUGUCUUACACCCAUAACCGACGUAAGGCUGGCCUUUCCGGCCUAUCGUAUAAUUAACCGCAAAUCACAACUAACAACACUAAUCUAUUCGCACAUCACUUUGCGUGGUAAACCAGUGACAGCGAUGGGUAAGCCGUGGCACCCGCAGUGCUUUACGUGCACUCAAUGCGCGAAACCUCUCGGACCUAAUAAUUACUUCGAGAAGAACGGCAAACCCUAUUGUGAGGACGACUUUCACAAACUAUUUUCACCCAAAUGUAACGGUUGUCACCUCCCUAUCAAAGAUGGCAAUUACGUGACAGCAAUGGGUAAGCCAUGGCAUCCACAGUGCUUUCAAUGCACUCAAUGCGGGACACCUCUGGGGCCCAACAACUUCUACGAGAAGAAUGGCAAACCUUACUGUGAAAAUGAUUUUCAUAAACUAUUUUCGCCCAAAUGUAACGGUUGUCACACACCUAUCGUUGACGCUUUGGGUCACGUGCGAUACCCGUUCGUUACCGUAGGCGUCACAAAAGUUACGCUGUUUACACGCCAAGGAGAGUCAGGACUGUUAAUAAAACUCUUCUUACCGUUUGGGAUAACGCUUCGGCUAAUUCAUAAGCUAUUUUCGCCCAAAUGCGAGGGCUGUCACCUCCCUAUCAAAGAUGGUAAUUUUGUCAACGCUUUGGGCCAUAACUGGCACCCGAAGUGCUUCAACUGCGCUCAAUGUGGCAAAAAUUUGGGCCCAAAUAAUUUCUACGAGAAGAAUGGCAAACCUUAUUGUAAGGAUGAUUACCAUAAGUUGUUUUCUCCGAAAUGUGCUGGGUGCUAUGAACCCAUCACUGAUGUACGUAUUCGUAUCAUUAGUACUGCUAAUAAUUACAUAAAAGCGAUGGGUAAGGACUGGCACCCGGAUUGCUUCAAAUGCAAUACAUGUGAAGUGCCUUUGAGUCCGAAUAACUUCUACGAGAAGGCGGGAAAGCCUUACUGUGAACGAGAUUAUCACAAACUAUUCUCCCCUCCCUGUGCUGGUUGUGAUCAACCAAUUAAAGAUCUGAAAACAAUGGUUAAGGCGUUGGGUAAGAAUUGGCACCCGGAGUGCUUCCAGUGCCACAAAUGCCACAAAAAAUUAUCGCCAACUGAUUUCAUGGAGAAAAGUGGUAAACCUUAUUGUAAGGAAGAUUAUCACAGAUUAUUUUCGCCCAAAUGUUCGGAAUGUAAUCUUCCGAUCGAAGGAACCCCAUUGGUAGCGAUGGGCCGUCAGUGGCACCCGAACUGCUUCAAGUGCUGUCAAUGCGCGACACCUUUGAGUCCCAAUAAUUUCAAAGAAAAGGAUGGAAAGCCUUAU